GGGCGAUCGCCAGCUGCGGAAGAACAGUUCCACGAUGGCCGGCCUGCAAAUGUGGCUCGGGAGGGGUAUCCUCUCCGCAUUUGGUGCCCGAGGUCUUUACGAUCGACACGCUCUGGAUCCGAAGCGUAGUGAGCGGUAAUGAUGGUCUAGGAAUUGCCGCGCAAAUGGUCGAAUCGACUAUGCUGCGUCAUGAUAUACUAUGGAUAAGGGUAGCCAAUGCUCUCUAGGAAUAAUAUUUAUUCUUCUUCCGUGGUUUGAGUCUUUCCCUUUCCCCUAAGUGUCGUCCUUCGUGUUAUACAGUACCACUCGUCUUCCUAUAUAUCCCCUUUCUGCCAUUGUUUAAGCUGCUUGUUACUGCAUUGUUCUCCAGUGCCCUUGUAUCAAUACUUCCUUCUCACCCAGCGUCGCAAUGUCACAUCACGACAAGCCGUGGCCGCAGGUGCCUGUCACCAACAAGGACUACACCCAAGCAGCGGUGGUCAUUGUUGGCGCCGGCAUCUCUGGCAUGUGCACAGCCAUUGAUCUUAUCAAACAACACAACUGUCGGAACUUCAUCAUUGUGGAGAAAAGCUCGGGGGUUGGUGGGACCUGGCACGAUAACAAGUAUCCAGGUUGCUGCUGCGACGUAACGAGCCUACUCUACUCGUACAGCUUUGCGCAGAAUUCAGAUUGGUCCAGGCUGUAUCCCGGCCAAGAAGAGAUUCUGGAUUAUCUCCACAGGGUCGCAAACGAGUACGGCCUAUUCCAACAUAUCCGCUUCAACACCAGCGUCGAACAAGCAGAAUGGGACGAUGAUAAGAAGAACUGGAAGACUAGAGUCAACGUGUCAGGAGACAAGGAUCGCGAGUUCUCAGAUGGGUAUACCAUCACAUCUAAUUUCCUGGUUUCUGGUGUCGGCCAAUUGAACGUCCCACGCUAUCCUGACAUUGAAGGGCUGGAUGACUUCAAGGGAAAGUCGAUGCACUCGGCCCGUUGGGACUGGAGCUACCCAUUGGAGGGGAAGAGAAUAGCCGUCAUCGGCAAUGGCGCCACUGCUGCUCAAAUCAUACCCGAAAUUGUCAAGGUCGCAUCGCAUGUCACCAUGUACCAGCGACAAGCGAACUGGGUGAUCCCGCGCCUCGACGGGCCCGUCUCAGCGACGCGGCGCGCAAUCUUCAAAUAUGUCCCGUUUGUGCAAUCAAGAGUACGCGCCAACAUGAUGGAUUUCCGCGAGUCAUUUUACGAUGCCGUCACCAACGGCGACUCCGACUUCGCCAACCUCCUCCGAGACCAGAGCUUCGAUCUCUUGCAGCAGACUUUCCCGGAUGACAAGGAGAUGCGGGAGACGUUGACGCCAAACUACCCGCCUGGAUGCAAGCGGGUCAUCAUCUCGGAUGAUUUAUAUCCGGCCCUUGCGCGACCGAACGUGUCGGUGGAAACGCGAAAGAUCCAGAAAAUUACCGAGACUGGAAUCGAAGUGGAAGGCGACGUCCUCGAGGAGUUCGACCUCAUUGUGCAUGCGACAGGGUUCCGGACGGUGGAGUUUAUGUAUCCCAUCAAGGUCAAGGGCAUCCAUGACCGUGAUAUCUCCGAUAUCUGGAGGUCAGGCGCGCAGGCAUACUACAGCGUGACCGUAGAAGACCUCCCCAACUUCGGCAUGCUUUACGGGCCGAACAGUAACCUCGGACACAACAGCAUCAUCCUGAUGAUCGAGGCGCAAAGCCGAUAUAUCAACGCCCUGAUCGGCGAGGUAUUAAAAUCCAAGCGCGAGGGCAAAUCUCUCUCGAUCCGGCCGAAUCCAACCGUCGUCGCUAAAUACAACGACUGGCUGCAAGAGAUCCUAGCCAAGACGUCCUUCGCCGAUGAGCGAUGCACGAGCUGGUAUAAGAACGAGGACGGGAAGAUCACCAACAAUUGGGGUCUGACGGUGGUUCAGUAUCAGAAGUUCCUGAGCAGUGUGAACUGGCAGGAUUACAUCCUUGAAGGCACCGCUUCCGACGAGGUGCGAAGAAAGGGUCAGACCAAGCUGGGGAGAGUGGUGGAGGAGACCCAGGUCAGCAAUUUGCAGCUUGCUGCGGGAGUUCUCGGCGUCAUCGCCGUUGCCGCUGGUGUUCUUACUCGUGGCGACCUUCGGAAUGUCAAGUUGCCUCAGAUCCGGAUAAGGUAA